AUGGCUACUCGCGCUUGUCUCUCAAUCCCUAGUAGGGUAUUCCGCCCGCAGCGCAACUUCUCCAGCACGCGACCGUCCAAGGCCGACGUCACACAUGCGGUAAACCCUUCUCCCCGCAACGCCUUGGCGCAGACGGUAAUUGGCGCCGGGGUGGUAGGGCUUGCGGUUGCGCGGCAACUGGCGUCGCGAGAGGGUACCUCGACCAUCCUCCUGGAGAGGCACGAAGCGGCAGGAACAGAGACGAGCAGCCGUAAUUCCGAGGUUAUCCACGCCGGGCUAUACUACGGAGCCGACUCGCUCAAAGCACAACUAUGCAUCCGAGGGAAACACCUGAUGUACGACCUGUGCGCUCAGCACGGCAUCCCGCACCGUAACACGAUGAAAUGGAUCGUCGCGCAGAACGAGGAGCAAUGGCGCGCCGCGAUGGCCGUGCACGCGCUCGCACAGCAACUCGGGGUCCCGACGCGGCCGGUCGGGCGCGAGGAGGCCGCGCGGCGCGAGCCAGAGGUCCAGGCGCUCGCGGGGAUCGUGGAGAGCUCCUCGACGGGGAUCGUUGACAGCCACGCGCUCAUGACGUACCUGCAGGGCGACUUUGAAGACCGCGGUGGGGACUGCGCGUUCCUGACGGCCGUGACGGGGAUCGAGGCGCUGGAGGGCGGGCGCGCGGGCUACCGCAUCACGGCUGUGUCGGCGGACGGCGCGGAGACGUCCAUCACGGCGCAGACGCUGGUCAACAGCGCGGGAAACGCUGCGUGCCAGGUCAGUAACAUGGUGCUGCCGCGGGAGCGGCACCGCACGCCCUACUACGCCAAGGGCACGUAUUUCGGGUACUCGGCGUCGUUUCCCAGGACGUCCGUCCUGGUGUAUCCGGCGACGCUGCCGGGCCAUGGCGGGCUGGGCACCCAUUUGACCCUCGACAUGGCGGGGAGGAUCCGGUUCGGGCCUGACGUCGAGUGGGUGGACGAUCCGACGGAUCUGAAGCCCAGCCCGGCCAGGCUGCAGCAGGCGUUGCCCGAGAUCAAAGCCUACCUGCCUCACGUGGACCCGGACGCCAUCACGCUGGAUUACUGCGGGAUCCGGCCCAAGCUGGGGCGAGGCGGAGCCGUGAACACGGGCAAGGGGUUCCAGGACUUUGUCAUCCAGGAGGAAGAGGGAUUUCCUGGGUUCAUCAAUCUGCUGGGCAUUGAGAGCCCGGGGUUGACGAGUUCGCUUGCCAUUGCGGAGAUGGUCGAGGGGCUUCUCUAUCGAUGA